AUGGCUUGCGUGGGCGCUUUUCUCUCAAAGCAUCUCCUGACAUAUCAAGUAUGCGGUGCGAAUACCAACGUGGGUAAAACGGUAUUCUCGUCCCUCCUCUACAAGGCGCACGCCUUGUCGAAACCCAAGACCAACCACUGGUAUUUGAAGCCUGUUUCUACCGGGCCUGAGUGUGAUAGGGAUGAUAGACACAUCAGUCGCUUCGCUAAGCAUGUUUCGAUCAAGUGUUUAUACAUCUUCGAUCAGCCGGUGAGCCCUCAUCUUGCUGCUGCCGGUAAACAGGCCGCUAAAUUACCACUGCCAUUGCCUGUCAUUCUGGUUGCAGACUCAAGGUUAGGGGGGAUAUCAUCUUCUAUUGCUGCGUUUGAAAGUCUUUCGCUUCGCGGAUACGAUGUCCAUGCGGUUGCUGUGCUGGAGGAUAACUUCUAUCAAAACCACACGUACCUAGAGGAAUUUUUCCUCUCGAAAAGGAACAUUCCGGUUUUGACAGUACCCCAACCUCCCCCAAAACAAUUGACAGGCGACGACUCCGUUGCCGCAGAUGAUGAACAGAAGAUGUCAAGAUAUUACGAAGAACAGGCUAAAAGGCUUCUGACAGAAGUGCAUGGGCCCCGGUCCAGUUUUUUGGAUAUACUCUCUGAGAAGCAUCACUCUCGGAUCUCAGAACUUGAGUCUAUGUCCGCCAGGGCCCAUUCCUCCAUUUGGUACCCAUUUACCCAACACCAGUCAUUAGCUCCAAAAGAUAUCAUGGUAAUCGAUUCGGCAUAUGGAGACUGUUUCCAAACUUCCACGGGAAAUUCUACGGAAUCUGGUUCAGAACCAACCGCAGCUAACACUGAACCUUCGCAAGAGAAUAAAUCCAACCUAUUACGGCCAACAUUUGACGGCUCUGCGUCUUGGUGGACUCAGUGCCUUGGCCACGGGAACCCCGAAUUGUCCUUGGAGGCAGCCUAUGCGGCUGGCCGAUAUGGCCAUGUCAUCUUGCCAGGUGCAAUCCAUGAACCGGCCCUUUCACUCGCGGAAUCCCUGAUUAAAAUGAUAAACAACCCUCGAUUGAAGAGAGCAUUCUACUCCGACAACGGAAGCACUGGUAUGGAGGUUGCCGUCAAGAUGGCUCUGAGAGUGGCAUGCAAGCGGUAUAAUUGGGAUUCCAGCAAGGAAGACAUUGAGAUUUUAGGCCUGCGCGGAAGCUAUCACGGGGAUACAAUUGGGACGAUGGAUCUCGCGGAACCCUCAAUCUACAACAAAAAAGUUGAGUGGUACCGCGGCCGCGGCCAUUGGUUCAACUUUCCCACGGAUGGUCGAAAAUUCGGAGCCCUGAUCAUGGAACCUGUCAUCCUGGGAGCUGGCGGGAUGUUAUUCGCCGAUCCACUUUUCCAGCAAACCAUGGUUGAAGUUGUUCGGGAGAACCCGGGCCUAUUUGGGGGAGGCCAUGCCCCACCUUCAUCAUCGUCGGAUCGCACAUGGUCUGGCCUGCCUGUGGUUUUCGACGAAGUUUUCACCGGCCUCUAUCGCCUGGGCAGAGCCUCCUCUGCAUCCUUCCUCGAUACGCACGCCGACAUCUCAGUGCACGCAAAGCUGCUGACAGGCGGGCUCGUGCCGCUGUGCAUCACCCUUGCAAGCGAGGAUAUCUUCGACGCGUUUUGUACCCCGCACAAAGUCGAUGCCCUGCUGCACGGCCACAGCUAUACCGCACACCCUGUCGGCUGUAGAGUGGCAGAAGCAUCGCUCCGCAUGUUGACCACUAAGAAUGCAGAACGAUGUCAGCAAAUGCUAUUACGUGAUCAGCCACACCGUCAGCCGCACAAUCAACCGUCUGUGGAAGCAGGCGUUGAUCUUCCGGAACAGCUUCGGCACGUUUGGAGUAGCUGGUCGGAUCAAUUGGUCCUGGACCUCUCGCGCUCCGAACAGGUCGAAGCGGCUUUUGCCCUUGGCACUGUUCUAAGUAUUAGCCUGCGAAGCCAAGACGGCGGUGGUAAGUAG